GCAUCCCGACUGUGGGCCCGCGCCGGGAACAUGUCCCUGGCCGCCUACUGCUACCUGCGUGUCGUGGGCAGGGGCAGCUACGGGGAGGUGACGCUCGUGAGGCACCAGCGGGACGGCAGGCAGUAUGUUAUAAAAAAAUUGAACCUCCGAAAUGCCUCCAGCCGAGAGAGGCGAGCUGCUGAACAGGAAGCCCAGCUGUUGUCUCAGCUGAAGCACCCCAAUAUUGUCACCUACAAGGAGUCAUGGGAGGGAGGGGACGGUCUGCUAUACAUCGUCAUGGGCUUCUGCGAAGGAGGUGAUCUGUACCGAAAGCUCAAGGAGCAGAAAGGGCAGCUUCUGCCUGAGAGUCAGGUAGUGGAGUGGUUUGUUCAGAUCGCCAUGGCUCUGCAGUAUUUACAUGAAAAACACAUCCUUCACCGAGAUCUGAAAACUCAAAAUGUCUUUCUAACAAGAACAAACAUCAUCAAAGUGGGCGACCUAGGAAUUGCCCGAGUGUUAGAGAACCACUGUGAUAUGGCUAGCACUCUCAUUGGCACACCCUACUACAUGAGCCCUGAGUUGUUCUCAAACAAACCCUACAAUUAUAAGUCUGAUGUUUGGGCUCUGGGAUGCUGUGUUUAUGAAAUGGCCACCCUGAAGCAUGCUUUCAAUGCAAAAGACAUGAAUUCUUUAGUUUAUCGGAUUAUUGAAGGAAAGCUGCCCCCAAUGCCGAAAGAUUACAGCCCAGAGCUGGCAGAACUGAUAAGAACAAUGCUGAGCAAAAGGCCUGAAGAAAGACCGUCUGUGAGGAGCAUCCUGAGGCAGCCUUACAUAAAGCGCCAAAUCUCCUUGUUUUUGGAGGCCACAAAGGCAAAAACUAAAAACAAUAUUAAAAAUGGUGAUCAUAAACCCAAGCCUGUUGCUUCCACGGUUUCUGACAAGGCUGAAUCAAAUCAUGAAGUAGUUCUCCCUCAACCACACUCGUCUCAGGGCUGCAAGACAUAUGUAAUGGGUGAAGACAAAGGUUUAUCUCAGGAGAAACACAUGGGCAUUGGCCCCUUGAAGACACUUGCAGGCCUGAAAGGCCAUCCCUGUAAACCAGACGUGAGCAGUACCACAGAAUCACUAGCCACAGUCAGUAGAGUGAAUGUUGACAUCUUACUUGCAGAAAGGGACUUAAGUGAUGGCUUAGUACAAGUAAAUGAGCCAAGACACUUAGCUGCCUCUAAUGAGCUAGAAGGUAAAUGCAGUGUUUCUCAAGUGAAAGAGAGGCUGCAGGAUAACACUAAGUCCAGCCCUCAACCUGGAAACCUCAUUCCUACCUGGUCCUCUGACGAUGUCCCUGGAAAAAGGAAUGACCCAGUGAAGACUCGGCAGCCCCUGAACAAAGACCAAAAGCCAAAGGACCAGGAUGAAGUUGCUGGUGAAUGUAUUAUAGAGAAAGAGAAUAGAAUCUACCCAGGCUUGCAGCCACACACAUCUGGGUCUGACCCUUCCGUGUCUCGACAGCGACGGCAGAAGAAAAGAGAACAGACUGAACACAGUGGGGAAAAGAGACAGUUCCAAGGGGCUCCUCCUCUCCUUUUGCCUUCUCUUCCCGCUGUUGGAAAAGUGGAUGUCACACCAACCCCAAACAAUACUGCAAACCAAAGUAGAGUGGUCGCUGGGUGCGUGAGCAGCCCGGGGAGCAGCGAGAUGUCAUCAUCAAAGGAUCGACCGUUAUCAGCAAGAGAGAGGAGGCGACUAAAGCAGUCACAGGAAGAGAAGGUAUUCCCCUCAGGCUCUUCGGUGAGGAAAGCUUGUGUGAGUGCAGCGGGGCCAGGGAAGCCACCAGAGGAAGGCCAGCCGCCCCCUGCCCAAAGGUUGUCUUCCGGCCGAAGCUUUGCUCAGGUACGUUACUUAAUUCUAAGGGAAAUGGUGGACAUGUCUACAUCUGGCAUGCCUCCCAAUUAAAUUAUCAUGGGGGAUUAUUUUUUUUCCAGGAAAGGUCAUACAAAUGAAAUGACUGACUUGGUACAAUUGAUGACUCAGACCCUAAAAUUGGACUCUAAAGAGAGCUUUGAAGAUCCCCCAGUGGCAGAUCCAGUGUCAGAAUUUAAACUUCAUCGGAAGUAUCGGGACACGCUGCUACUUCAUGGGAAAGUUGCAGAAGAGACAGAAGAAUUCCAUUUUAAAGAGCUACCCUUAGUUAUCAUGCCAGGUUCUGAAAAGAUCAGAAGAAUAGUUGAAGUCUUGAGAGCUGAUGUAAUCCAGGGCCUGGGAAUUCAGCUUUUAGAGCAGGUGUAUGAUCUUUUGGAAGAGGAGGAUGAAUUGGAGAGAGAGGUACGUUUGCAGGAGCACAUGGGAGAAAAGUAUAUGACUUACAGUGUAAAAGCUCGCCAGUUGAAAUUUUUUGAAGAAAAUGUUAAUUUUUGAGAAUUCUAAUUUGCUGCCAGAACUAAAGACCUAUAUUCGAAGGUUUUUGGCUUACACAGAAACGAACCUAUAAUGAUGACUGGAGACCAUUCACCAUCCUUUUAACUCUUUUCAGUUUUUUUUACUGGGAAAAGAAGGAACAGAACAGACUAACAUGAAGCAAGUUCACAAAAGAAAGAAAAAGCCUUUGGCACUAUCUUAUUCUCUGUAUGAGGAAAAAUCUAAGACUUUGUUUACUGUUUACUGAGCCUUAAACCACCAACUUUAUAUCUAGAAUUUAUUUUUUUAAGGUACUAAUUAGCUUGAAUAUAGGGCUAUAUAAUAUUGGAUUGGAAGUUUUGUAUUAUACUAUAGUGAUAAAAGCACUAGGAGAAAUAAAUGACAUAAUAUGUCCAGUAAUACUACUUGUCAUUGUUAAUAACCUUAGGUAGUAGUUAAUAAAUUAUUUUUUUAAAAAGUCAAUUCACUUUUCUGGGAGUAGAUUCAAAAAAUAUGAAGUUGUAUCUAGUACUUGAGCAAUUGAAUUCCUUCUUUACAUACUGAUGGGCAUUUAAUGUUUUAUUUUCAUGUAAGAUACACUACAUUUAGAGUAUUCAAGAAUUGAAACUAAGAGAUAUUUUGGCUUUGUAAAUCAAUGUUUUUACAUGCUGGUUUUUUAGAUUUACUUUUCCAUCAGUGAAAACAUUUCUAAUUUCUUUUACAGUUAAGCAAUCUGUCAGUAGAGUCCAACUCCUUUUAGUUAUGUUGGACAUAUUUGUCUCCUGAAGCUUGGCUUCUUAUAUAUCAGGAUAUUGGUUGUCUUCCCAUGUUUUAAAUGUAUGCUUAUAUAUCAUAUAUUUUAUUUUAUUAGUUGUUCAAUAAGGGGUAAUGCCCACCUAGGAAAUAAUUUUUAUAAAAUAAAAGUCUUGAUUAUUAAAUUUUCACUUUUGUAUUCAA